CCAACGAGCAGCCAUACACCUACGCUACCUCUCUUUUAAAGACGACGACACCACGGAUCUCGCCCUCCUCUUCUCUCGCUCUUGCCCCACCCCUACUCACCACUCUCUAAAACACCACCACAAUGCCGCCUGCUCCAGCUUCGCGCGCCUCCAUCGUCAAGCUCAUGUCCCUCACCGCCUCGGCGGGCUGCAGGGGAUGUGGACGUACUCACACGGCGGCGCAUUCGUGUGCCUCGGGAGCGACUCACGACCACGGCAAGCGCGGUCUGGCGACGCCGGUUGACCUGCCCGGUGCCCCCCAAGGCAACACGGACUACGCGUUCGAGAUGGCCGCGUCCACCCUCCGCUUCGGUACCGGCGCCACCCGCGAGGUCGGCAUGGACCUCAGGAACAUGAUCAACCUCCUCCCCGCCAACGAGCAGGCCAAGGCCAAGAUUGCCGUCUUCACCGACCCCAACAUUGCCAAGCUCCCCGUCAUGAAGACGGUCGAGCAGGCCCUCCAGCAGCAGAACCUCCCCUUCGUCGUCUUUGACAAGAUCUCGGUCGAGCCCACUGAGAACUCGUGGAACGAGGCCAUUGACUGGACCCGCGGCAACGACAUCACCCACUUCCUCGCUGUUGGUGGUGGUUCCACCAUGGACACGGCCAAGGCUGCCAACCUCCUCUCGUGCUACCCCGACAAGGACAUGUACGAGUUCAUCAACGCCCCCGUCGGCAAGGGUACCCCGAUCGAGAAGAAGCUCAAGCCCUUGAUCGCCGUCCCCACUACCGCCGGUACCGGCUCGGAGACGACCGGCACCGCCAUCCUUGACAUUCCCUCCAGGAAGUUCAAGACUGGUAUUGCCUCGCGUGCGCUCAAGCCCACUCUCGGCAUUGUCGACACCCUCAACACGGCCACCUGCCCCCGUGAGGUCGCCGUCGCCGCUGGUCUCGACGUCCUCUUCCACUCGCUCGAGUCGUACACCGCCGUGCCCUACUACGAGCGUACCCCCCGCCCCGACAACCCGAUCAAGCGUCCCGCUUACCAGGGCUCGAACCCCGUCUCGGACAUCUUCUCCAAGUGGGCUCUUGAGCAGACGAUCAAGUACCUCCCCCGCAUCUUCAAGGACCCCCACGGUGACGAGGAGGCCCGCCACCAGAUGCUCCUCGCCGCGUCAACUGCCGGUAUCGGCUUUGGCAACGCUGGUGUCCACCUCUGCCACGCCGGCUCGUACCCCAUCUCGUCGCUCAACAAGGCCCGUCCCAAGGACAAGCAGUACUUCCACCCCUCGUACAGCCCGGACAUCCCCCUCAUCCCCCACGGUGUUGCCGUCUCGCUCACCGCCCCCUCCGUCUUCCACUUCACCGCCCCCUCGUCGCCCGAGCGCCACCGUACUGCUGCCGAGAUCUUCGCCGGCAAGGACCGCCUCCACGAGGUCGCCAAGGUCCGCGACGAGGACAUUGGCGCCUUCCUCCGCGAGGAGAUCCAGAAGUUCCUCGACUCGGUCGCCGUCCCCCGCGGUCUUACCCAGGUCGGCUACGGCACCUCGGACAUUGAGAUCCUCGCCAAGGGCAUGCUUCCCCAGCGCCGUGUCCUUGACCUUGCUCCUCUCCUCAUCAAGGACAACCAGGCCCAGGAGCUCGAGCAGCUCCAGGGCAUCCUUGAGGGCGCUAUGCGCUGGUAAGCGGUGUGUGGUGUUUGCGUCAACGUCCACGUCGACAGUGUCUAUUGCAGCAAAACGAGAAAAUCGCGCGCGUGUUGUGAGGUGUUAAGGAGAAGUGCAAGUGUGUAUGCAUCGAGUAGCAGUACG